CAUGAGUGCAGUGAAUGUGGGAAAGCUUUUAGCCGCAAAGCCACGCUGGUCCAACACCAGAGAAUUCAUACUGGAGAAAGGCCUUACGAAUGCAAUGAGUGUGGAAAAACCUUCAGUCGAAAAGACAAUCUUACUCAGCACAAAAGAAUCCACACUGGAGAAAUGCCUUAUAAGUGCAGUGAAUGUGGCAAAUACUUUAGUCAUCACUCCAACCUAAUUGUACACCAGAGAGUUCAUAACGGAGCAAGGCCCUUUAAGUGCAAUGAUUGUGGGAAAGUUUUCAGACACAAAUCCACACUUGUUCAGCAUGAGAGUAUUCACACGGGAGAAAAUCCUUAUGAUUGCAGUGAUUGUGGGAAAUCUUUUGGCCAUAAAUACACCCUCAUUAAACAUCAGAGAAUUCACACUGAGGCAAAGCCUUUUGAGUGUACUGAAUGUGGUAAAUUCUUUAGUAGAAGUUCUGACUUUAUUGCACACCAAAGAGUUCAUACUGGUGAAAGGCCUUUUGUGUGCAGCAAAUGUGGGAAAGACUUCAUCAGAACAUCUCACCUUGUUCGGCACCAAAAAGUUCACACUGGAGAAAGGCCAUAUGAGUGCAGUGAAUGUGGGAAAGCCUACAGCUUACGCUCCCACCUUAAUCGGCAUCAGAAAAUUCACACUGCAGGCAGGCUUUAGGAGUAUUUUCAGUACAACAGGACUCGUCAGUGAGAUGUUGAGCCUCAUAUAUCUGAACAU